UUGAAACUGAAAGCUGCUUCUUCUUCUUCUUCUUCUUCUCUCUUCAAAUCAAUCAAAACUCAGAAUUUUCAGAUCUCAUUUUCAAUAACAUUAUCAUGGCAACAGUCUCGCCUCUUGCCAAAUACAAGUUGGUUUUCCUGGGAGAUCAAUCCGUCGGAAAAACCAGCAUCAUUACCCGUUUCAUGUACGAUAAAUUCGACACCACUUACCAGGCUACAAUUGGGAUUGAUUUCUUAUCCAAAACAAUGUACCUUGAAGACCGGACGGUUCGUUUGCAACUUUGGGACACAGCUGGGCAGGAGAGAUUUAGGAGUCUUAUUCCAAGCUACAUCAGAGAUUCUUCUGUUGCAGUGAUUGUCUAUGAUGUAGCUAAUAGACAAUCAUUUUUGAACACUUCUAGGUGGAUUGAGGAGGUUCGAACUGAACGAGGUGGUGACGUUAUUAUUGUUCUUGUUGGGAACAAAACCGAUCUUGUUGAUAAAAGGCAAGUAUCCAUAGAGGAAGGAGAUGGCAAGGCUCGCGAGUCUGGGGUCAUGUUUAUAGAAACAAGUGCAAAAGCUGGAUUCAAUAUCAAGCCUCUAUUUCGCAAGAUAGCUGCUGCAUUGCCAGGAAUGGAGACACUCUCUUCCACAAAACAAGAAGACAUGGUGGAUGUUAAUCUAAAGCCUACCGUGAGUUCAUCUCAAACUGAUAAGAGCGGAGGUGGUUGUGCUUGUUAAACAAAAUGUAGAAAAAUAAUAUAGAAAGAAGCUUCAACUUUGAGCCAUUCAACACUCGAGAGAAUUCAGCUAACUUGCCCACAACUGUUUGUUCAAUAUACUUUUUUCAAGUUUUUGGAGUGUUUCAAUUUGCUGAAGGAGCCAUCCUUCUGUUCCAGAAUACUAAAACAGGCAGUUUCUGAUUUUUUUGAUUUUUGGGUUCAUUUGAGAAUCAUUUUUGAAAUGCUUGUAACUGACUAUGAAGCUGUUUUUGGGAUUAUUUUGCCAGACUGAUUCAUUAUUAGGCACAUUGAAAGCUUCAAAUGAAAUAGGAUUUUGCAGAAUAAUGAAUUAGACCCAGUCACAAUGUUUUAAGGGCAUUAGUAUCA